GGCCUGGGCGGGAGCGAAAGCCGGGCAGCUUUCCCAGACACCUGACCUCGACCUGUUUCCCCCACCCCCACGCCCGCAUGCGCUCUGGCGCCGGGCACAAAGGCUGCGCACACGGGUCCCGGCGUGCAUCGCGGGGGAGGCGGGACCCGGAAACGCGGGGCGGGGGGGAGGAACUGGCCGCACCUGGCACCGAGAGCCCCAGAAGAAAGAGUUCAACCUGGGCUGCCUGGGGAGACACUGCGAAAAGUCGGCCUCAAGGCAUGCAGGAGUGGUCUUCGUCUGUGAGCACAGUUCUAAAGUGGUCGCGUCUCGCGUGCCGCUUCGUGCGGCCCUCAGAGACCAGUCUGUCCACGAGAUGGUCUAGAAAAGGUCUAGAGGCGCAGCCGAAGCCUGGGAACCGUUCGGCCUGGGGUUGGAGGACACAAUUCAAAAACCCUCCGGGGAGUCCUCUCAGCAGGUGCACCAGGACCAUGCUGCUACUGACUCAGGGGCCCAGGACUUGGCAUGGGCUCUCUCAGCUUAAGCCCCCAGGCUUCCCUAGAACCCCAGGCCAGCCCCUGCAUUUGGAGUCCUGGCUCUCUUCAAGGCAUGGCCCUGCAGAAAUGAAUGGGCAGGACCAGUCCCAGGGUCCUGGGUUGAGAACCAAGCUGCUGGUCACAGCCCUGUUUGGGGUGGGACUAGGCGGAGCCUGGCUGGCAGCAAGGGCUGAGAAGGAGCAGCAGAGGCAACAGCUGCGCACAGAGGCCCUACGCAAGGCUGCUGUGGGCCAGGGUGACUUCAGCCUACUGGACCACCGAGGUCAGGCUUGCUGCAAGGCUGAUUUCCGGGGCCAGUGGGUGCUGCUGUACUUUGGCUUCACUCACUGCCCUGACAUCUGCCCGGAUGAACUGGAGAAACUGGUGCAGGUGGUGCGGCAGCUGGAAGCCAAGCCUGGCUUGCCUCCAGUGCAGCCUAUCUUCAUCACUGUAGACCCUGAGCGGGACGAUGUUGCAGCCAUGGCCCGGUAUGUGCAAGACUUCCAUCCGAGGCUUCUAGGCCUGACAGGCUCCCCUGAACAGGUUGCCCAGGCUAGCCGCAGCUACCGCGUAUACUACAGAGCAGGUCCCAAGGAUGAGGACCAGGACUAUAUUGUAGACCACUCCAUCGCCAUCUACCUACUCAACCCUGACGGCCUCUUCACUGACUACUACAGCCGGGGCAGGUCAGCUGCACAGAUUGCAGACAGUGUGCAACAACACAUGGAUGCCUUUUGCAGCAUCCUACCAUAAAGGACCACAGCUUGUCAUUAAA